CGUUUUCAACUAAGGAAGAGGGAUCUGGCGCAGGCGAAGGGCAUCCAUCCACCUCCCCUCUCGAGGCGACGUCUGUGACGAUCAUCACGUCCACCAGAGAAGAGACGAGGGGUAGCCCAUGGCUCGCUCAUCGACCUCCCCCGCCUCUUCGAGGGCCAAGGCCAAGUCGACGGCCACGGCUCCUACGACGCCACGGCGGCCACCAGCGACAGCGACAGAGAACACAGGCGCAAACGCGUCGCCGUUUUCUUCGCUCCAGUUCAGCAGCAUCUUUAAUCGAAGACAGAAGCGAAAUUCCGGUUCGGGAAUACCGCCCGACGAUCACAACCGCUCCGAGAGCGGCGGCUUUGAGUCGGCAGCAGCAGCAGCAGCAGCAGCAGCAGCGGAUGCGCCGGGGGUGAAAGAGAAGCCAGCGCUAUCGUCGUCGUCUUCGUCAUGGUGGGGUGGUCGUCAGUCUCGGAAUGGGAGCGUGCACGAGCAGGGCGAUCCAACACCUCGGGCACCACGGUCACGCAGGACAAGCGCCUUUGCGUCCAUCCUAUCGCCCCGAGGCGAGGAAGAAGAGGAGCUCGACCCUCUCAUCACCAUGGUGUUUUCCAACCCCGACGAUGUGGCUGCCUUUGCCGAGGCGCUCCGUGACGACGCAGGCCAACAGGAGCCGGCGGCGGCGACGAGCGCACUGGCCAUCCAGGCCACUUCGAGCCUCUUCAGACUCGGCGGGCAAGGGUCCAAAGACAAGACGGCCGAGAGGAGCGAGGUGCAGCCCGGGGAGGCGACUGGCGCGGCUGACGACGACAAGGACGCCGAGCCGACGGCCACCCAGCCCACCCACCAUCCUCGAAAGGUGGGCCGCAUCGCCGCCGCAUCCGACUUUGCUCCCGUACGCGAGAGGACAAAGAGGCGAAAAAAGCGGGGAGCAAGGGGUGUCAGCGACGGUGGCUCCCGAGAGGGCCUCCUCUACAGCCUCUUUCGGUUCCCCCUCCUGCUCGCCAUCUUUGUCACCAUCGCCCUCGAAUUUUUCGCCUACGUUCUCAUUCGCCAGAUUGUCAACGUUGUCGAGUACUUUAUCGCCUGGCGUGGCGAAAAGGGCCGGCUUCGCAAACGCCUGCGAAAGGCUCAGACGGGCGAAGAGUGGCGCGACGUCGCCCUCGAGUUUGACGAAUACCUGGGCUACGAGGCCUGGAAGCGGGAGGACGCCAGCAGCCUCUACGACUGGAUCCUCGUCAAAAAGGUCAUGCACUCGCUCCGGAGCUUCCGGGAAAAGGACGACGCCGACAAUCUCAUCGGUGUGCUCGAGCUCUGCCUGCGAAACAACUUUGCCGGCACGGAAAACUUCCGGCUGUACAGCGAGACAUUCUACGGCACAAAGUAUCUGGUCGAGAGCUACCUCACCGAGCUCGAGGCGGCCCUCGAGUAUGUGCAGAGGACGAACAGACUGAGCCUUGAGGCCAAGAGGAGCUUCUACCGGGGUGUCCAGAAGAACAUGGGUCGAUCGGCACUCUGCCUGUCCGGUGGCGGCAGCUUUGGCUACUAUCACAUUGGCCUGGUAAAGGCGCUUCUCGACGCUGGUCUCCUGCCCUCUAUCAUCACGGGCACCUCGGCCGGUGGGCUCAUCGCAGCCCUGGCAUGCACACGCACAAACGACGAGCUCAAGAGGCUUCUCGUCCCCGAGCUCGCCGACCGCAUCACGGCAUGCGAGGAGCCAUUUCGCAUCUGGGCUCCACGUGCGUACAGGACCGGUGCCCGCUUCGAUCUCAUCCAGUGGGCCGAAAAGGCGCAGUUCUUCACCAUGGGAUCCCUGACCUUUGCAGAGGCCUAUGCUCGCACAGGCAAAGUGCUCAACAUCUCCGUCAUUCCCUCGGACCGGCACUCGCCCGUCAAGCUGCUCAACUACCACACGGCGCCCAAUUGCAUCAUCUGGAGCUCCCUUCUGGCCUCGGCCGCCGUCCCGGGCAUCCUCAACCCUGUCUGCCUGAUGCAAAAGACAAAGUCGGGCCAUGCCGUACCCUGGAACUGGGGCCAUCGAUUCAAGGACGGCAGCCUGCGCGUCGACAUUCCCCUUCAGGAUCUCCACUCGCUCUUCAACGUCAACUAUCCCAUUGUGAGCCAGGUCAACCCGCAUGUGCACUUGUUCUUCUUUGCUCCAAAGGGCAUGCCGGGCCGUCCCGUGGCCCAUCGGAGGGGCAAGGGAUGGCGGGGCGGCUUCCUGCUGAGCGCGAGCGAGCACGUGCUCAAGCUCCACCUCUCGAUGAACUUCAAGAUCAUCCGCGACCUCGACCUGCUCCCCGCCAUCCUGGGCCAAGACUGGUCCUCGGUCUUUCUCCAGCAGUUUGGCGGCGCAGUGACAAUCUGGCCAAAGACGCGGGCCUGGGACUGGGUGCGCAUCCUGACGGAUCCCGACCGAAAGGAGCUGACGAGGAUGAUGCGCGUGGGUCUCAGCGUCACCUUUCCCAAGCUGCACAUGAUCGAGAACCGGGUACGGCUGGAGCGAGCCAUCGAGACGGGCCGGCGGGCGACACGAAGCGCAUUGCGCAGCAGGAGAGCAAAGAAUGCCGCUGGCGCUUCGCUUCCCAUGACGCCCUCGUCCAUCAGCAGGGGCCCCCUGUCGGCGGCUGCAGAAUCAUUUGGAGGCGUAGAAAGCGCGCCAAUGUCGACGUCCACUUCACAAGAGCAAGACGCCAAGCGGCCGAAUCUGUCCGACACCGACGGAACAAACGAGGAGUCGUACAAGCCCAUGCGCGGACCGCUACAGCGUCUGCAGACUGGGGCUAUAACGCCGGGGUACGCCACGACUCCAGACGAAGUCGGCAACGGAGGGUUCGCAGAAGUAUCUACGCCCGGCGAACUACUUCCAAGGGACAUCCGAGCACGGUCGCUUGGCAUGAACGACGGCGUGGAUGUGCGAGACGGCGGAAGAAAAGCAAGACGAUUCCGCGAGGAAGAGGAGGGAGACGAGGAUGACGCAUCCUCGGCUGGCGGCGAACUCGUUACCAACGACUUUGCACUCACGCCGAGGAAGCCUUCAGCACUCGACGAGCCCUUGACGGCAGCGGCUCUCAGCCCCAUGCGCAGCAAUACCCACGACAAGAGGCAGGGCUCCAACGAUGACUGGAGCACGCGGGGAAGCAUCCGCAGAAAGGACGGCAUGCGGUGGCUCAACGACCGCGCCAACAUGGACGAGCUCGACGAUGGCAACGGCUCUGAUACCAGCAGCAGCAGCGAUGCCGAGGACUAGGACUCCAUGUACUGUACAAUUACCGUAGUUUGUUCUAAUUUGGGUAGGCGUACACAUCGAAUCUAUAGAUUAUUAUAGG